AUGGGUCCUAAAAAGGAUCACCGAUACGAGGUGAACGACAGAGUUCUUUGCAAACAUGGUCUGUUCUUCUACGAGGCGAAGAUCAUCGAAAUCGAAGAAGAGGAUGGCGAAAUGGUGUACACUGUCCAUUAUCAGGGAUGGCAUAAACGCUAUGACGAACGAAUUCGUCAGUUGCACUGUUCGGAGAUGUUUCUGCCAUUGACAGAUGCGAACAUCGCUAAAGCAAAAGCUGAUAUCCAGGAAGCGAGUUCAGCAAAGAAUAAACGUAAGAAGCAGAAGCUGGAAGAUGACGAGGCACGGAAGAGCGAGACGGGGAGUCGUGGAUCGACACCAAGUGAUCGAGCAGGCAGCAGUAGUCAGGCACCCAGUACUCAUAGUGAUCGCCGAUCAACCACUUCAAAGCUUUCCGAAGUGGCGAAGAAAGGAUCUGAAGACGCAAGUCAGCACAGACCUUCUGAGAAUCAACUUGGUCCAGAAAUCGACGCACAGCUGGAAGUUUUGAGCAACUUGCCGCGUUCAAUUAAGAAGAUCUUGGUGGAUGACUACGACGCCGUCGUCAAUCAGGGAAAGCUUGCCGUGCUACCAGCGAGAGUAACGGUGUACGAUAUUGUUCAGAAGUACAUCGACUUCUCAAAGGAACGUUACGGCGAGGCGACCGCAAUUGAUAUUGAAAUGCAUGGGGUAACACGUGUAGAUGGUGUGAAUUCAUUACGCUCAACAGCAGAAGGGCUUCGAGACUACUUUGAUAUCGUGCUUGGUUACCAGCUUCUGUAUAAAUUCGAAAAACCUCAGUAUAACGCUCUUUCGAAAUCUGAACAAGGGAAUUACGAGAAAGAGCUAAAGAUAGCGCAGGAAUCGUGCUCGAGAAAAAUGCGCAAGCCGCUCCGCGACAUAAAACCGCUGCUGCCACAGUCAGCAUUCUCACAACUUUCAGACGGUGGUCCAUUUCGAGCUUCCAUGCUUCGACCGUCGAGGUUCUAUGGUCUGCCGCAUUUGCUGCGUAUGUUCGUAAAACUUCCUGCGUUAUUUCGAAUGACCAAUUCGGAUGAGGACGAAAUUCUAGUCCGAAUCGCAUGUAUUCAUGAUUUUAUCUCUUUCUUGAGGCAGAAUGCGCGAUUUAUCUUAGAUGUUGAACUGGAUUACAAAGUUGCUGGUCCCGAAUACUCGAGGACGGUUUCUUAG